AUGGCCAAAGCUGAACCUCGCCGCAAAUUCGCAUUGGUCACCGGUGCAUCCUCCGGGAUCGGCCACUCGCUCGCCAAGGAGUUCGCCACCAAAGGGUACCAAGUCAUUGCGUGUUCGCCCGCCAACGUGGUCCAUCUCCACGAGGAUUUGGUUGAGAACCACGGCGCUGUAUCGCUCGCGUGCGACAUAACCAACGCGGAAGACUUGCUCCUCUUGAAGAAACGCGUCCUUGAGGAAACUGGGGGUUAUCUCGAUGUGCUCUACAACAACGCCGGCGUGGCAUAUGGCGCAUCGUCAAUUGAGAUGGACGAAGACAAGCUAGACAGGCUUUUCCAAGUGAACGUGUUGGGCCAUAUCAACGUUACGAAACAGUUGGCUCCGCUUGUGAUUAACGCUAAAGGAUCGAUUGUCUUCACUAGCUCCAUCGCUGCGCGCGUGCCAUUGGCGUGGACUAGUGUCUAUAGCGCUACAAAGGCGGCGAUUGACGCGUACGCCAGGACCUUGCAUGGCGAAAUGGCACCGUUUGGAGUGCGCGUGCACAGCGUCAUCACGGGAGGCGUCCAGACUGCCAUCUCGGGCAAUUUGGCUGAGAAGGAGCUAAAGAAGGAGAUCGAGGGGUCGGUUUAUGAUGUGGAUGGCGCGUUGGAGUGUCUCGUUGCUACGAAUCGCAUGUCUAUGAAUAGCAAGUGCACCCCUGAUGAAUACGCGAGGGAUAUGGUGGCCCAAGUUACUGAAAAGCCGAACAAGUUCAAUUUGUAUGGUGGGUUUAGGUGCUUGCUUUUGAAUUUCAUGAGCCGUUAUUUCCCGUUGUGGUUGAUGGAGUCUCUCGUCCAGAGAAAGUUUAAGCAGCAGGUUGUAUUUCAAAAUGUUGAGAAGUUUGUCAGGGCUAGAGAUGCUGACAACAGGAAGAUCUUUGAGUAG